AUGGAUUCGGACGAGUUAGCUGACGUAAACAAACUUGCUGUACCUACCUGUUUGGUUACUGAACUCAGGUGGGAGUGUGAACGUAGCUCUCUGUUGGGGCUUGGCAAGGGGGUCCACCCGAUCUAACUGGACACUUCAAGUUUCUAUCUCUAUUUACAAAGGAACUUUUGUUACUUUUCUCUCAUCUCUCAGCCUUGGGCAAAAAAAAAAAAAAAUCGUACCAUCAAGAAACUGGGCAGUUUUCGGCCUAUGGUGUCAGUGGCCCUGAUAAACCCAACAAGGAAGAAAAGUACCUGCCUGUUAAUGUGUGCGGGGGUCGAGUCUUGGUCCUGAACGUUAUAAAAGAUAACCAUGGAGACUACAAGAAAAGAAUCGCUAUUUUUCUCCUAUUUUAAGAUCACAGCAGUUGUUGCCCUUUAUUGGACAGUGUCCAUAACAUUGGUAUUUGUAAACAAGACACUCCUAGGUGGCUCGUCUAUGGGAGACAAAGAUGCUCCGUUAUUUGUAACUUGGUUCCAGUGCAUUGUAACUACUGCUGCGUGCCUGUUCUUCGCAUACACCACAAAAUUAUUUCCUAGUAUAAUUAAUUUCCCUGAAGUUGGAAAUAUAGAAAUACCAAAAGCUAAAAAGGUAUGUAAAGUGUUUGAUUUGCUUAUUUUGUUUACAAUUCUGUAUUUUCAUAAAUUUAAAGAAGCAAUCAACAUUAUGCCAAUAAAAUUUGUGCUUUAUUAUUUUCAGGUUACAUCCCCACUCACUCAUAAUGUCAGUGGAACUGCCAAAGCAUGUGCUCAGACAGUGAUAGCAACCUGGUGGUACUCUGAGAUGAAAGCAUUACUCUGGUGGGCCAGCAAUUGGGUAGUCCUUGGAGGAUCCUUGGCAUAUACAUAUGUCAAGCAACGAGAAAUGCGAGCUGUGCACAGUACUGCAAAACCACAGCAGUCUGAUUUAUCACAGAAAAAUGAGGAAGAACUCAAGUGUUAAGAUGUGGAGAUAGUGUCAUCAUAUGUUCAGUCAGAAGUGCAGCUUGUUCACCUGUCAAGUCAUUUUUAGUUUUCUUUCUUUCUUUCAACGCACCAGCCGUAUCCCACCGAGGCAGGGUGGCCCAAAAAGAAAAACAAAAGUUUCUCUUUUAACUUCAGUAAUGUAUACAGGAGAAGGGGUUACUAGCCCCUUGCUCUCAGCAUUUUAAUACUCUAUUGAAUUUCCUAGUUGUAUAACCAUUUUCUGGCAGAAACAUAUUCUUUUAAGGACAAUAGAAACUUUUUUUUUUUUUUUUUUUUCAACAAGUCGGCCGUCUCCCACCGAGGCAGGGUGACCCAAAAAAAAGAAAGAAAAUCCCCAAAAAAGAAAAUACUUUCAUCAUCAUUCAACACUUUCACCACACUCGCACAUUAUCACUGUUUUUGCAGAGGUGCUCAGAAUACAAUAGAAACUUACAGAAGUUUAUUUUUUACUUAGCCAUAUUAAUUUGGACAUUCAUUUUAAAUAUAAAAACUAUGCAAGGAACAAGAUGUCAAGAUUACAAACAAGUAUGAACAUAUCCAGAUUCAGUGUUACUGAUAUGUAGUGAGUUUUUUGGGGGGUAGGUCAUAAUAGCAUUUUAACCUUUUGAAAUUUUGGAAAAUAGAUAAUUCCCAUAUCACUAUCACUCAUUCCCCCACGCGUCCCUGAAGAGAGUUCCGGGGGUCAACAACCCCGCGGCCUGGUCUGUGACCAGGCCUCAUGGUGGAUCAGGGCUUGAUCAGCCAGGCUGAUACUGCUGGCUGCACGCAAUCCAACGUACGAGCCACAGCCCGGGUGGUCAGGUACUGACUUUAGGUGCUUGUCCAGUGCCUGCUUGAAGACAGCCAGGGGUCUAUUGGUAAUCCCCCAUAUGUAUACUGGGAGGCAGUUGAACAGUCUUGGACCCCUGACACUUAUUGUGUUGUCUCUUAACGUGCUAGUGACACCCUUGCUUUUCAUUGGGGGUAUGUUGCAUCGUCUGCCGAGUCUUUUGCUUUCGUAGUGAGUGAUUUUCGUGUGCAAGUUCGGUACUAGUCCCUCUAGGAUUUUCCAGGUGUAUAUAAUCAUGUAUCUCUCUCCCGCCUGCAUUCCAGGGAGUACAGGUUCAGGAACUUCAAGUGCUCCCAGUAAUUGAGGCGUUUUUAUCUCCGUUAUGUGCGCUGUGAAGGUUCUCUGUACAUUUUCUAGGUCAGCAAUUUCACCUGCCUUGAAAGGUGCUGUUAGUGUGCAGCAAUAUUCCAGCCUAGAUAGAACAAGCAACCUGAAGAGUGUCAUCAUGGACUUGGCAUCCCUAGUUUUAAAGGUUCUCAUUAUCCAUCCUGUCAUUUUUCUAGCAGAUGCGAUUGAUACAAUGUUAUGGUCCUUGAAAGUGAGAUCCUCCGACAUGAUCACUCCCAGGUCUUUGACGUUGGUUUUUUGCUCUACUUUGUGGCUGGAAUUUGUUUUGUACUCUGAUGAAGUUUUAAUUUCCUCAUGUUUACCAUAUCGGAGUAAUUGAAAUUUUUCAUCGUUGAACUUCAUAUUGUUUUCUGCAACCCAUUGAAAUAUUUGGUUGAUGUCCGCCUGGAGCCUUGUAGUGUCUGCAAUGGAAGACACUUUCAUGCAGAUUCGGGUGUCAUCUGCAAAGGAAGACACGGUGCUGUGGCUGACAUCCUUGUCUAUGUCAGAUAUGAGGAUGAGAAACAAGAUUGGAGCAAGCUUUUCACCGUAGCCUCCUCAGACUUUACUCUGUUGACUACUACUCUUAGUGUUCUGUUAGUGAGGAAAUUAUAGAUUCAUCUACCAACUUUUGCUGCUAUUCCUUUAGCAUGCAUUUUAUGCGCUAUAGCACGCAUUUUAUGCGCUAUUACGCCAUGGUCACGCUUGUCAAAGGCUUUUGCAAAGUCUGAAUAUGUUACAUCCGCAUUCUUUUUGUCUUCUAGUACAUCUAGGACCGUGUCGUAGUGAUCCAGUAGUUGAGACAGACAGGAGCAACCUGCUCUAAACUCAUGCUGCCCUGGGAUGUGUAACUGAUGGGUAUCUAGAUGGAUGGCGAUCUUGCUUCUUAGGACCCUUUCAAAGAUUUUUAUGAUAUGGGAUGUUAGUGCUAUUAGUCUGUAGUUCUUUGCUAUUGCUUUACUGCCCCCUUUGUGGAGUGGGGCUAUGUCUGUUGUUUUUAGUAACUGUGGGACGACCCCAGUAUCCAUACUCCCUCUCCAUAGGAUGGUAAAAGCACAUGAUAGGGGCUUCUUGCAGUUCUUGAUGAACACAGAGUUCCAUGAGUCUGGCCCUGGGGCAGAGUGCAUGGCCAUGUCAUUUAUCACCUGUUCAGAGUCACUUGGCAUCAGGAUAACAUCAGAUAGGCUUAUGUUUACCAAAUUCUGUGGCUCUCUCAUAAAAAAUUCAUUUGGAUCUUCGACUCUCAGUCUGGUUAGCAGCUUGCUAAAAUCUGAGUCAUAUUGGGACUUGAAUAGUUCACUCAUUUCCUUGCUGUCAUCUGUGUAGGACCCAUCUUGUUUAAGUAGGGGCCCAGUACUGGAUGUCGUUCUCAACUUUGAUUUGGCAUAAGAAAAGAAAUACUUUGGGUUUCUUUCAAUUUCAUUUAUGGCUUUUAGUUCUUCCCGCGAUUCCUGACUCCUAUAAGAUUCCUUUAGCUUUAGUUCGAUGUUUGCUAUUUCUCUGAGUAGUGUCUCCUUAUGCAUUUCAGAUAUAUUGGCCUCUUUUAGCUGCUCUGUUAUUCUUUUCCGUCGCCUGUAAAGGGAGCGCCUGUCUGUUUCUAUUUUACAUCUACUCCUUUUUCUUGAAGGAAUAAGCCUUGAGCAUACAUGGAGUGCCACAGAGGUAAUCUGUUCUAGGCAUAAGUUGGAGUCUGUGUUACUUAGUGUAUCUUCCCAGCUUAUAUCAUUUAGGACUUGGUUUACUUGGUCCCACUUUAUGUUCUUGUUAUUGAAGUUGAAUUUGGUGAAGGCUCCCUUGUGACUGAUCUCAUUUUGUCGGUCUGGGGCUCCGCACAUACAUGUCUGAACCUUGAUUAUGUUGUCUCACACCUGUCCAACCCAUUCCCAUGCUCUUUCUACUAACAUACCUCUAAUACACCAUUCUAACUUGGUUUCACAUGUCUCCAGAUCCUUUCUCCAACAUGCAUUCAUGCUCCUUAAGGCAUGCUCUCUUCUUCACUGUCAGCAAUUGGAAGAUAGAGGAGGACAGUAGGGAAAUAAUUCUUGCGUUUGUUUCUCUAGUAAGAUAUACUGGGAUAGGGAAUGUGCUAUCAGGGACCAGGGAUACCUUCAUCAGCUGCACUGGCAACUUAAUCAUAUCUGUGUAAUUUAUUAUGAUAUGGUCAUGGAGACAAAUUGUUUUUUGGGACUUACUGAGCUGUUGGGGUGUGAGCAGGGUAAUAUUUUGUGAAGUGAUUCAGGGGAACUGGUUAGCCAGACUUGAGUCCUGGACGUGGGAAGUACAAUGCCUGCACUUUAAAGGAGGGGUUUGGGAUAUUUGCUGUUUGGAACGACAUCUGAACUGUUGCAUCUGAGCUCUUCUGCAAAGACUGAUUGUGGGUGAAUGAUGGUGAAAAUGUUUCUUUCUUUUUUGAGUGGGAGAUGGCCAGCAUGUUAAACAUUUUUUUUAAGUUAUGGUAAUUACUACUUUAUGAUGAUUUAAUUAUUUUUUCUUCUUUUUUUUUAGUUAGUUUCUUUGUGGUGGUUUUGUAGGUUAGAUUAGAUAGGAAUUGCUGUUCAAAUAACCAAGGGUAGAUUAAAUUAGGUUUGGUAAGAUCUGUUGUAUGACAAGCUGUGGCUACUAAGCUAGGAUAGCUGCUAAGCAGGCCUAAUGUUCACUGCAUGUUUGUAAUUAGGCCUUUCCAUGACUGUUCCCUUUGAUUUUGUUUAUUAACUUUUUCACUGUCUGUCACCAUGAACUACGUCAUUAAGGUCUGUGUCAUGAGCUCAGCUCACUCAGAUGCUGUGAGGCUGUUAGUGGUAAAUUUUAGCCUAGAUAUGAAAGAAUGGGUUGGUGAGUGUGCCAGUAUAAAAAAAUUCCUACUUCAUGCUGUGUGUGAUGGGAAAAACAAAACUGUGAGGUGUGUAUAAUAUAAUAAUAAUAUAAUAUCUUCAUUUCUACAAGUACAUAUACAAGGUAUACAGGCCUAUCUGACAUCAGUGACAUACUACUACAUAUAUAGAAAGCCACUUGUUAUGCAGAACAUUUCAGCAAAUUAGGUCAGUUUUGUCCCAGGAUGCGACCCACACCAGUUGACUAACUCCCAUGUACCCAUUUUACUGAUGGGGAACAUAGACAUCUGGUGUAAAGAAACACUCUGGGAAUCGAACCCAGACCCUUGCCAUGUAAAGCAAGAGCUUUGGCCACCAGGCCACGAUAUAAAAUGGUUUAAAAUAGCGAUGGUGUUAUUGGCUGUUUUUUAGUAUCAUUCGAUAGAUUGGAAGAGAUACUGCUGCAAUAGAGAUUUUUGUGAUUGGUUUCAGGAUUGGAAAUAGCUUGAAAUUGAGCUCAAAGUAGUGGAAAUAUUAAAUUUUUGCCAAUAUUCCAGAGGACAGGUAAGGCCACUCUACAACCUCCAGUCUAUUUUAUGGGUUUUUAAUAGGUUUGAUUCAAUUAUUGGGAUGCUGUAAACCAUGACUAAUCCUUUCUGGUUAUACUUUAUUAUAUGAGAAAUAGAGUAAAUCUUCUGUUUUUGUUUGAAUAAAAAUUCAAAAUGGAAGGCAAGUGUAAUAUAGGAGAAGUCUGGGGACGUGACUAAUGAACAGAUUAAAUGUUGUUUUAGUGACAGGAAUGUUUACAUUGUUUAGUAUGGACUCUAUUUACAAAUAAGUAUUUCUUAAUUUUGUAUAAAAUUGGCCAUAUUACCGACUUCUGUGCUCAGUCAAUAGAACAGAAAGCAUACUAGCAAAAUAGCUAAGGAUUUAGUCAAAUGGAACAAUGGAAUUGGCUUUUAAUAGGACUCAAAGUGGACAAUUACUGAUGCAUAAAUUGCGCCUAGACCGCUAACUUUACGCCUGUGAUUCCAUAAAUUUUCUGUCAAAGUUUGUACUUUAGGUGUUAUUACCUUCAGAAAAUGAUUCUCUACCACUUCAGAAGAAAAAAUAUAUUUUUUUAAAAAGUGGACACAGAGCAAUAUUAAUUUUGGGGGUCUGGACAGUGAAAGCAUUAAUGUAUAUAUAUAUAUUUUAUGGCAUCACUGUAUGUCUUGUGUUAUUUAGCCUGGUCAUUAUGGCUAAGUUGUUGUUCUUCAUUUCUACCAACACUUUCAUGAUCACUCACUCCAUCACUGUUACCAGAGGCAUGCCAAUACUACAGUUCAAAACUGCAAAUAUCCACACCGCUCCUUCAGAGUGCAGGCACUGUACUUCCCACCCCUAGGACUUAGGUCUGGCUAACUGGUUUCCCUGACUCCCUCCAUAAAUGUUACUUGCUCAUUAAGCCAUAAAAAUUAUUUGUCCCCAUGCAACCCACACAAGCCUGCUGGAGGCUCAGGCCCCUAGGACUCAAGAACUCCUUUACUCCCUCCCUCCAACCUUUCCUGGAAUGAUUUCUACCCCUCCUUCCUUCUGCCCUAGAUUUGUACACCCUCUUGGUCAUCCUUUACUGCUCCAUCCUCUCUAAAUGCUCAGAUCAUAUCAGCAACCCCUCCUCAGCCCUUGGCAUUAUAAGAACAUAAGAAUGGAGGAACACUGCAGAAGGCCUACUGGCCCAUGUGAGGCAGGUCCUUAUCAAAACGACCUCUACCCAAAGCUACCCAAGAAUUAACUCCCGUACCCAAUGACACCAAUCAAACCCAGCCCCUCCCACUCAUAUAUUUGUCCAGUCUCUUCUUAAAGCUACCCAAGGUCCUAGCCUCUACCACCCCACUGGGAAGACUGUUCCACACAUCUACAACUCUGUUAGAAAACCAGUACUUACCUAUGUCCUUUCUAAAUCUAAAUUUAUCCAACUUAAAUCCAUUAUUUCUGGUUCUUACCUGGUUCGACACCUUCAGUACUUUAUUAAUAUCUCCCUUGUUUAUGCCCGUCAUCCACUUAUACACUUCAAUGAUAUCUCCCCUCAUUCUACGCCUCUCCAGAGAGUGGAGAUUUAAGGCUUUAAGUCUAUCUUCAUACGGGAGGUUCCUUACACAGUAAAUCAUUUUAGUCAUUCUUCUCUUUAUGCUCUCUAAUGAGUCUAUAUCCAUCCUGUAGUAAGGGGACCAAAACUGAGCAGCAUAAUCUAAAUGAGGCCUCACUAGUGAUGUAUUUAUCCAUGUAUUUAUCCAACCUAUAUUUGAAACUACCCAUAGUUCUAGCCUCAAUAACCCAACUAGGUAGACUGUUCCACUCAUCAACUACCCUAUUUCCAAACCAAUACUUUCCUGCAUCCCUUCUAAAUCUAAACUUGUCCAAUUUGAAUCCAUUACUGCGGAUUCUCUCCUGGAGAGAUAUCCUCAAGACCUUGCUAAUUUCCUCCUUAUUAAUACCCAUCUUCCACUUAUACACUUCGAUCAUGUCUCCCCUCAUUCUUCGUCUAACAAGUGAAUGUAAUUUAAGUGUCUUCAAUCUUUCUUCAUAAGGAAGAUUUUUAAUGCUAUGUAUUAAUUUAGUCAUUCUACGCUGAAUGUUUUCUAACAAAUUUAUGUCCAUUCUGUAAUAUGGAGACCAGAACUGAGCUGCAUAAUCUAGGUGAGGCCUUACUAAUGAUGUAUAAAGCUGCAGUAUAACCUCUGGACUUCUGUUGCUUACACUUCUUGAUAUGGUAUAAACCUUGGUAAUAAAUACCGACAAGUUGGUUUAGAAAGACACGUAAGCAAACACUAUAACAUAUUUAUCAGAAAACGUUUCGGUCCUGGGACCUUGAUCACUUCUAACAUACAGAGGUAGAAAGACGUGUCUUUCUAAACCAACUUCAUGAUAUAAAUCUCAAUAAUCUAUUUGCCUUAUUACACACGCUUAGGCACUGCUGUCUUGGUUUAAUUAAGGUUGCUGCUUAUCAUAACCCCCAAAUCUUUCUCGCAUUCUAUACGGCUAAGUUCAACAUUAUUAAGCUGGUAGGUGCUAGGGUUAUGGAAAUAAAUGGUAUAAAAUACUGACACAAUGGAAAUAUAAACACAUAUGCAGUAUAAUGUGAUCCUUUAUUGACUACGUUUCGCCCACACAGUGGGCUUUUUCAAGUCUUCUAAUUUCUACACUCCAUAUUCUUUGCAUGAUAUUCAUGAAGUGAUAACAUGAUUAACCAAUAAAAUUUUCCAUGGGUUGUGAUACAUGUGCCUUCAAAUGUAUGUUUAAGUGUGUUUUUUAAAUUAUAGUUGUAUCUUUUUAUAGUUACAAUUGUAGUAGAGCUAUGAUUGUUGUACAGUAUUCCUUUUAAUGCUCUGUGCAAAUAGUUGCGGCGAACACAACUUCCUCUGAGCUCAUUAGUAAAAUAUGUAAUCAUCAUCAUCUCCUCACUUCCUACUUCCUGUCUUUAUUACUAUUGGUUCUAUAUAUUAAUCCUUUUUUCUUACCUUGGAAAUUCAUUAUAUUCCAUAAGUUUGAGCUCUGUAAUUUCAGAUUAGUAUUUGUUGUGUUAUUUUGCAUUUCCAUUUUUAUAAUACACUAUUGCACGCUAUUUAAAAAUGGUCUUAGAUCAUCAUACUGUAUUUUCCUUUGAUAUAAUCAGUUACAUAGUCAGUUUUAUUUGUUUUUUCUUUUUCCUCCCUGGAGUCAUAAUUUGCAAUUUACUAUACAUUAUUUCCAGUAGGACAUACCCACUUUCAUCAUGUUUAUUAUUUCAUAUUUUCUAGUAAAUAAUAGGUCAAGCAGAGAUGGUAUGGUACUGCCUCUGCUGGUCACUUCUUUAUUGUAUUCAGAUGUAAACAAAGGUUUCAGUUACAUUUGUUAAAUGGUAGGUUGCAUACAUUUGAAAUUAUGAGCUUUUGUCUUUGUUUUUUAUUUAUAUAGCAAAAAUUUUAAUAUUAUUUGUGUUUUGGACCUUAGUUUCUGUAGCUUUCAGUGUUUAUUUUUUUUCAAGUGUUUACCUUAUCUUCCUUUUUUUUCUGUUUUAUCCCUUUCUCUUAUGGAUUAGUUUCCCUCAAAUACUAUGUCACUUACAAUGUUUAACUAGUUUCAGUUUGAACUUUUUUUUAUAAAUUUAUUUUUAUCUUCUUUUCUUGUGUCCAUUUGUUUUUGGUCUGUUUCUCUCUGUACCUUGUUCAGUGAACCAACUGAUGGGUGGGAUUAGGGUUAUUAUUCUGCAAGAAAAGCUGCCCUUUUCUUCAUCAUUUAUUGUUUUACCUAAACAACCAUCUCUGGAGAUGCUGACCUGAAGAAGAAAACAUAUUCACUUCUUGCCAGAAGUGCGGCCACAUCACAGUUCAGAUGACUCUCCAACCACAACAUCUCCACUCCUUCUCCAGAGUGCAGGCACUUUCCUCCCCACCUCUAGAACUCAGGUCUAGCAAAUAAUUUUUGCAUAAUAAUUGUUAUAAUUUCUGUAUGUAUGUACUCUAUUAUUUAUUUUGGUUCUCUUCGACUUCAGUAAGUUUUAGCAAUUUGAUAUGGUCUUUCAGUCUUCCUUUUCUUUUUUUUUUUUUUUAGUGUAUCACUGAUUGUUUUGUAUCUUUUAGUAUUAUGAAACUUCAAGCUGUAUUGUUUUUUAUGUCAUUAUUUAUGAUUGUAAUACCUUUCAAGUGUUGUGAUAAAUUUCUUGCAAUACAUUAACUAUUUGCAAAGAAAAGUUGUUAAUUUUUCUUAUGAAAGUAGGUUGUUACAUGUUGAUUUUUUUUUCAAUGAAUAAAAAAUUUAUUUUUCUGCAAUUUUAUUUGUUAAUUGUUUGGGUCUUGUGAUAACUUGUGUGAUUACUGUGCAUCCCAGAGGUAAAAUUCUUUUGUUUCAUGAGCUUUGACUCAUAAUUGUGACAAUAAUAGUAACAAAAGAUUCCAGCAGCACCAAUAUUAAGAAAUAUUAUCCUUAAAGUUGUUAUAAAGUAUAAUUUUUUAUUGUUUGCAGAACAUUCAGCUUCUAAAUUCUGCAUAUAUGGUCUAGCCAGAUUGCUCUUGUUGCAUUAUAUAAGUUUUAUAAUUAAUGUUUCAUUGAAUUGUAAGUGCGUUUUCUAGUAAAGGAUGCCAACGGAAUCAGUAUUAAUUAUUGUGUGAACAAUAUAAAUACAAAAUUCUGCACAGUAUCAAAUUUAAAGCAUUGUUUUUUAUCACCUGUUUGCAAAGGAUCUUAGUUGUUAGUGAAUCUGCAUGUGAGAUGUAUCAUGUAUUUAGUGUGUGCCAGAAAACAAGUUUGGUUAUGUAGGUAUCUUUAAAACCACUCAGUCAAGUUGAAUAAGUUUGAUAAAAGACAAGAGCAAAAUCUAGAAUCUGGAGCUAAUUAAUUGAUUUUUAGCACAUUUAACCUGCUUAGUUAUGUAAUUUGCAAAUAUUAAAGGUGCUUUUCAAAUUCAAAGAUGCACCAAAGUCUACAUUUAUUGAAAAUGUUUACCAUUUUAUAUACUAAUAUGUAUUGUAACAGAGUAGACAAGUUUUCUGUAAAACGAAGUUACUCUGUGGGUAAUAGGUUAAAAAUAAAUUUGGGCAUUGUGAAUACACAGUAGUUUGAGCAUUAGUACAAUCUAUAAGUUUAGAAUAGUAUGCAGGUUUAUCUAAUUAUUUAUGAUUUUUUUAAAUUGUAACUAAAUAAUUGAAUGUGAGCAGUGAUUAAUAUUGUAUCUAUAAGCAUUAAUAUCAAAGACUGUAGAGUACUUUAAUAUUAUGACUGACUGUUUGUAUUCAUAUAAAGAAUUGAGUGAUGCAGGGAGUGUAAUGUGAAUACAGUAAUUGUUUUCUCAACUGAUUUUUGUGAUGUUUAAAUUGCACAUGUAUUAAAUGAAUAAAUAUGUUUUAUA